GUAGUGAUGGUGCGACUGGAAGACUCGGAAAGCAACAGUGAAAUUGCUGGGAUCCGCCCGGCGAGCGGGCGAGAAAACACUACUGUGGGGACGUUGCGCCUGGAGCUACAUGUGCGUGGGGCAUUGGCUAGCAAUGUAGGUUGCCAGUAGGGUUGGCAGAUAGAGAGGCACCAUUGGCAAAUGGCAAGCAAUGCGGAGGAGAUGUCAUUAUAGGAGACUUGGCGGGGAUGCGCGACAGCCAUCAUUGCUGAUGAAAUUUGCCUCAAUUUCUCCUCGAUCUCCUACAUCAUGUAGUCAGUUACUCUGUGGGCGUGGUAUUUUAACCAGCCAUUGUUCAUCAAUGACAAUUGAAGUAUUGGCUUACAAUGAUAUGAAUAAUAGGAAUAUUCAGAUUUUGUUUCAGUGCUGGACUGUAGAUUUCCGGGUCCAGUGUACCCUUUCCGAGACAUUGAAUACAAAGUGGGAAGACCCCAGACGACGCACUCGAAGAAUAAGGGUAAUAUCCGUAGCAGGAGGAGUCGUACAAUAGGGGUUCGUAAAUCUAACCAUUACUAUUGCCGGACAAUAGGACUAGCGAUUGAAGUUCUUAUCUGCGUUUCCCAUGAUGGCGACUACCAAUUGA